AUGAUAGGCGAAAAUAGCCUUGCAAAUCUCGAGCAGGCCAUGGCUGUCGAGUAUGACUGCCACAACAGUCUAUCGGCCACAGAAUGUCCACAUAUUCUGGAUAUCUACGGGUGUUCAUUGCGUCCGAGGCUGCAUCCACCCCAUCUGGGUUACCUUUAUAUUGAGUAUGCUGAGCAUGGCGAUUUGUGGGACUUGUUGGAUCAUUUGAAAAAGAACCCAGGUGAACAACUUCCAGAACCAUAUAUAUGGUUAAUCUUCCGCGGCAUGCUGGAAGCGGUUUUUGCGAUGACGUGUGGCACAGCUAUUCCGAAAAAUCUGCCUUCUGACCAAAGCGGACUUGGACUGGAAGAUAGAUUUGGCCCUGGAUGGGAGCCUUUUAUCAAUCCUGACAUAAAGCCGGAAAACAUAGUGCUGGCUAGACCGCAAGAUGGCUACUACUCUGGCUACUUGACAGCGAAAAUGAUUGACUUUAGAGUCACGUAUACUGAAAGACGCUUUGAAAGCUCACAAGUCAAAGGCGGUGGUAUAGGCACAAGGGGUUGGGGCCCACCCGAACAUCGAAUUCCCCCAGACAUUUGGAAUACAGAAUAUAGUGACACUCCCAUCCACGUACACUCAGAAAUCUUCAACGUCGCGCAAAUCGUGUUCUCUUUGAUGGAGGGUCAAAUUAGGCCGGUCACUGACAAGGAAAGGAGAGAGCAACGUAUUUCUCAUGAUCCAGCUUAUCAAAACUGCUACAAAGAUUGGGAAAAGGCGUACGGAUCCGUGAACAAGCUGGAAGGAGAAAUCCCAGAGUUUGCAAAGUCCAAGUUCAACCACAACAAAACCAUGUUGCCGAUUGGAGAAGUAGCACCAGCAACCGAUCAAUACGUGCCCUCUCAGGCGGAUGUACCAACUGAUACGCCAAAACCACCUCCCAAAGUAACAGGUAUCAAGGCGUCUGUCAUGGCUAUGACUAGCUUCAUUUUCCCCGGAUACUUCAGUAAUGCGGGCAGCCAAGUCCUCGGUAAUGCGGGCAGCCAAACGGGCCCGCGAGCAUACAAUCCACCGCCGCUGGGACCAGCAAAUCGGUACCUUGAGCCUGGAGCACGAAAGCCAUAUGAGGAGCCCGGGUAUCUUGAAUAUGUGACAGGCAUGGGAACAGGAGAAAAACGCAUUUAUGUGCGGCCUUCGCCAGUCCCGCAACCUACACAGCAAGUUUAG